AUGGUGGAUAAUAAAUCACCCAUGAAGAUGGCAACAUCAAAGGUAGCUGGGAAAGGCGUACCAACGAUGGCUGCUAGACCAAGGCGAUUUAGUCUAAUAUAUAGUUCAGAUUCAUCAUUAAGUGAUGUUAGCGAUGAUGAUAAGAAAUUUAAUAAACAAAAUAAAGGAAAAAAAUCUUCAAAUAACUCAUAUGGUAAACAGAGUAAACUGAUACAAGAUAGAUCUCAAAAUAAUAAACCUUCAAAUAAUGCAAUAGAUGACGAAAGUACUGAAUCUUCUGACUACGGAGUAAUUGACGACGAUGAAGAAUCUAGUGAUGACGACGACGACGACGAUGAUAGUGAUAGUGAAAUGAGUAGUUCUGAUGAUGAAAAUAUAGAUUUUGUUAAAUUAUCAGCUCAACGGAAGAAGAAAGUUAUGCAAGCAUUCACAAAACUUAAAAGAGGCAAAACUGCAGCUGAUAUCAUAAAUGAGAAAGAAGAGAAAGAACAACUAAAAAAUGCUAAAAAUGAAAAUAAGAACUCCACUAAGCCACAAUUAAACGAAUCCAACAAAAAUAAGUCAACGAGUCUCAACAAAGUGGCAUCGCCGAAAGCGGGCAGUGAAGAGGAUAUAGGUGAAGAAAUCCAAGAUUUAAAGGACGCUACUAACGACGCUAACAUAAUACCGAACAUAGAGGACACCGUUGACCCAUUACAUGCACCCACAUUUUCUGAUUCUGAGGAAUCUGAUUAUGAUAUUGACCAGGACACUUACUUUACGGCUAUUAAUAAUGAUGAAGAUUCAAUCGGAGAAAUAGAUACAGGAUUAGAGACAGGCGAGGAUGAUUUACCAAUAUUGGAGGCUGAAGAACAAAAUAUAGUAAAAGAACUUCAAGAUGAUGACGAUUUGUCGUUUAACGGUAGUGUACAUGAGGAUGGACCUGAUCCAGUGGACUCACUUGGACCUCAACUAAUAACGAACAAAUAUAUAGAUGAUGAGGAAGAUUACGAUGAGGAUGAUGAUGAAAUAAUGUCAGACUUUGAUAUGCCGUUUUAUGAAGACCCUAAAUUUUCCAACUUAUAUUAUUAUGAAGAUGGAAGAGAACCCAAACUGAGUUUAAGUACAUCUUUACCUCUCAUACUGAAUGAAGAGAAGAAAAAUAGGAUGCAAAAAAGAGAAGCUAAGAAAAGGGAACGUCAGGAACGUAUCCAAACAAGAAAACAAUUGCGUAAGAAUGCCAUGACUAAUAGAAGUUUAAAUAUCGAUGGUGAUGAGUACAGUUUUGGUGCUUUCUUCCAUAGUGAUGAUGAUGAGGAAGAUGAUAUGGACAACAAGGGUACUGGAGCUAAAGGUAAAUCUUUAGCGGCAAACAUUCAACAAAACAAAGAAAAAGGGAGUACCCUCUUUGGUCAUUCCGAUUACAACAGCUCGGAUUCAGAUUACGAUAAUAUUUUACUAGAAAAUGCCCAUAUUCCUUCUGACGAUGAAUCUCAGAAAAGUAGUGGAUUGAAGUCAGGAGUCUCAAGUACUGGAAAAGUUGAGAACACACUGGACUUAGAAUCUGACAUGGACAUCGACGAUUUGGAUGAUGAUGGUAGUAUGACUAACGUGUUCAUAGAUAUCGACGAUCUUGAUCCAGAUUCCUUCUACUUCCAUUACAGCGACGAUGAUUCAUCUUAUACACACUCAAGUUCUGAUAGCACCGAAAGUAAAAAUAAAGAUAGUGUUGUAGAAACUGUAGUCUAUGUUGAUGAUGAAUCCACUGAUGAGGACGACAAUAUUCCACCCCCUGAACAAAGAAAGAAAAAUAUUGGUACAAAGGCUAAAGAAAUUGUCAGCUCAAAUACAGUCGGACUUCGCCCUCCUAAAUUAGGUACUUGGGAAACAGACAACAAACCCUUCAGUAUUAUAGACGGUCUUUCCACGAAGUCAUUAUACACUUUAAUCCAAGACCACCAACAACUCCAUGAUCAACAAACUCAAAAGAAUCUUGUAGGAACUUCAAAGGAUGGCGUUGUUGCUACGAAUAGCGAUAAUAAUUCUCCAGCAGAAGAAGAGAUUACAUUAAAUGAAUUAUUGAAUAUGAGUGAUAUGGACGAAGAAGGAGACGCCAAUAAUUACAAUAACAACGAAACAAUAAUAACUUCUGAUUGGUAUAACAAACCUAAGGUCCCCCUAUCUGCAUUUAGAAAUAAAGGAGUUGAUUUGUAUGAUGAAGAUGAAUAUAUGUUACCAAGCUUAAGUAGAAGAAAAGUUCCUAUUGGUUAUGUCGGUGGUGAAAGAACAAGAAAGAAGAUUGACAAGAUGAAAGAACUCCAAAGGAAAAGAACAGAAAAGAAAAGGCUUCUAAAGAAAAAGAGAAAGAUUUUAAAACUUCAACGUGAAAAAGCUCGUGUCGAAAAAGAGAAAUCUAUACUUGACAGUCAUCCACACGAUUCCACGACCUCCUUAGAACAAUCAAUGGGUGAUAGCAAGUUGCAAUUGAUGGAUCAUUUACAAUUAUCUGACCACCAACUUACUGAAACACCUUCAAGAAAAAACUCAUUGAAAAGUGUUGGUAUCGAUGAGAUUCAUGAAAUCCUUGGUAAAGAUGAUAGUAACUUAUUGGAUGAUACACAUGAACCACUAGGCUAUGUAAAUGAUCUAAACCAUACAGAUAUUCUGAUGCCAGAUUCUGAUGCCAAUAUUAUUGCCUCACUAACAGCGCCAGUUGACUUUGAUGAUUAUGGCAAUGGCUCCACCUCAUUGUGGAAACAGCGUAGACAAAGCAUGGCCGAGGCCGCUGCUGAGAAUCUUCGUUUUACCAAAAAUGGGUUAUUCAGUGAAUCCGCAUUGGCCGACAUCGAAGGUAUUUUGAAUAAUGGUAACCCAUCAAGUGCAUUUGAAUUUAAUGAAGUUCUUCAAUAA